AUGAAGGCCCAGGGCGGCCCUCAUUGGCCCUGGCUGCUGCUGGCCCUGGCAACCCAAGCCCUGUGGGGCUGCUUCCCAGUCAUCUGCCGCUACUUUCAGACCCGAGCACCACACACGCUCACAGGCCUGCAGCUGAGCUUCCUGGUGAAUGCGCUGGCGGCCCCGUGCCUCCUCCUCUUCUCCACGCUGCCCCGCCGCCUGCUGCGCCGCCCCCGGCGCGUGCACGAGCAGCACGCCCUGCUUUUCUAUGAAUGGGUCAAGUACCGGCUGGGCAGGAUCAGGCGCACCGCCAGCCUGCAGGCCCUGCUGCCGCUGCUGCGCGGCGAGGCAGCCGUGGAGCAGGCGCUGCCGGUGCCGCAGGAGGUGCCGCCUCGCGGCCCCUCGCUGCAGCGCCCCUCUCUGGUUGAGGACCUGACCACCUGCAGCCUGGAUGCAGCGGUACGGCCCCAGGCCGUCAUGGUCAGCAUCAGCUGCAGGGCAGCUCCCGCCCCGUACCGCCCGGCUUCCCUGCAGCACGGCCUCGGCAUCGCCCACCACACCCCGCAGCUGACGCCUCUGCACUCCGCGCCCGUCACUCCCCGCGGCUGGCCGCUGCCGCACGCCCAGCACGGCAGCGCUUUUGCACGAGAGGAGGCAGCCUGGUCAGCCCCAGCGGCCGGCGCUUCUCAGCUGCUGGGCUGGCCCAGCCGAGGCGCUGGUGCUGGCACAGCGGUGAGCAGCGGCCUGGGUGGCGGGGCAGAGGCAGGCACGGCAGAGCCGGCAGGCAUGUGCAGCACCGCCCUGCCGCCAUCCGAGCCGUCCUCGCCCGCCGCUGGCGCCCACCUCAGCCGCCUGCUUCCGCCAGGCAGCCCCCGCGGCACAGCAGAGGCGGCGCUGCGGCAGCCGCUGCUGCAGCCCACGGUUCAGGAGGAGGAGGAGGCAGAGGGCUGGCUGCUGGCGUCUCCUCCAGACCUGGAGGCGGGGGGCUCCCCCACCCGCCUCAGCUCGCCCGCUGGCAGCUGGGCCAGCGCCCUGUCCUCUCCAAGCAGCCCGCGCGGCAGCGGCGCUGCGCUGGCAUACACGGCAGAGCCAGCAGGGGCGCUGGGUGGCGUCUGUGCGCAGAUGGAGCAAGGGCGAGGCCCAGGGGCGCCGGCAGCGGAGGAGGGAGGGCAGCAGGCACCCGCCGUGGAGGAGGUUGUGGUGACGCUCAAGCCCUACACCCUGCACCACUGCUGGGUCACGCCCUGGGCGCUGGCGGCCAGCUCCACCGCCGCACUGGCCACGCUGUCCCUGGCCCUCAUCUUUUCGGUGCGCUUCACAAACGCCUACUGGUGCCAGAUGCUGUUCAUGCUGGGACCGCUGUUUGUGGCCUUCAUCUGCCGCGGCAUGUUCGCCAUGCCGCUGCCGCCCCGCCUGUGGCCCGCGCUCACCAUGAUGAUGGCAGGCGAGGGGGGGAGGCACCCCGGCAACAGCAGGCACCCGCGCUGCUGCGUCUCGCCCUGCUGCUCCUCCAUCGCCGCUGCUGCGCCAUCGCUGCUGGUGCAACCACCUGCUCGGCUCCCUGGCUCCCGUGCAGGCUCGGCGCUGGUCGUGUUUGGCAAGGGCGGCACCAGCUUUGGCACGGAGGGGCUGACGUGGCGGGAUGCGGCGGGGCUGGGGCUGGCCCUGCUCAGCGCCCUCUCCCUGGCCGGCUACAUGGUCCUGGUGCAGCGCACGGUGGGGCUGCUGACUGGCGAGGCGAUCCUGUGGAUCAACUACGGAGUGCAGGUGCUGCUGUCGCUGGGGCUGACGCUGGCGCUGGAGCCGCGGGAGUGGCACCGCGUGCGGGACCUGAGUGAUGUGGAGUGGGCGCAGAUAGCGGCGGUGGCGCUGGUGCUCAACUACGGCGCCAACCUCGUCACCAUCCGGCGCCUGGGGGCCCCGCAGGUGGCCACCUUCCUGGCCAUGCGCCUGGUGGCGGCAGUCGCCAUCUCAGGACCGCUGCUGGGCGAGCCCAUCAGCGGGGCAUUCGAGUACUGCGGGGUACUGGUGGUAGUUGCGACCGUGACAUGGUACAUGGCGGUACAGCGCCUUGUGUCCCGCCUGGACAAGCAAUGA